CCUGAAGUCACCUGUGUGAUGUCAGAGCUGUGCUGGCUGCUGAUUGGUCCCCAGGCGGCAGAUGAGCAGCAGCUGAGACCUGAAACCUUCAUUCAUCAUUCAGCAGCUUCACUGUGUCCAGCAGCAGACAGACAGAAGGGAGAUCAACAGAACUACAAACUGUCCAGACGUGGAAUCAUCAUGGAUCUGGACAGCAUCGAGGGGAUGAAUGAAAUCCGUCCAUCCGUCUACAGAGCCGCUAUGAAGCUCCUGUCUCUGCAAAAACUCUGUCACAUGGAUGUUGUGUUCGUUCGACACAUCACGGCGGCCCUCCGCUCGGUGGAUGGAGUUAAACAGCAGCAGGACAUCGUGAUGAACAGGGAGGAAGUGACCCGUACCCUGAACAGGAUGUUUCACAGCGUGUCACAGGAUGUGCCAGGUCAUGUGACCGUGGCAGCUCCAGAGGAGACCUGCAGUCUGAUGAUGAGGCUGUUUGACCGGAGUCACAGUGGUUGUGUAUCAGCUCGCUCCCUUCAAACUGCUCUGAUCGCUCUGUCUGCAGACAAUCUGCUGCUGAAGUUCAGAGGUCUGGUGAGUGUUUCGGGGAACAGUUCAGGAUCCGUCAGCAGGUCUGGGCUCAGAUCUCUGCUGCAGGACCUCACCCAGGUUCCUGCGGCGGUGCAGGAGGAGGUCGUGUUCGGCGGCGUGGAGGUGGCGGUGAGGUCAUGUUUCGACGGGGUACUGACCCCGACGGCAAGCGAAGAACAUGUGAUGUCAUGGCUGCAGAGCGAGCCACGCCUGUUGCUAUGGUUACCCACUCUGUACCGGCUGUCGGUUGGACAGAACAUCAGUCACAACGUCCGCUGUCACACCUGCAAGACCCUUCCCAUCACCGGGCUCAGGUAUCGAUGUAUGAAGUGUGUGAACGUCCACGUGUGUCAGAGCUGCUUCCUGACCGACCGACAAAGCAGGAAACACAAAAUCCACCAUCCAGUGCUCGAGUUCUGCACUCAGCCCACCUGGAGGGAGUCUCUGUCCUCGUUAAUGCGAAGAGCUCGUCACUCCCUGCUGCCACGGCGAUACACUCAGACAGAAGCUGAUAGGCAGAGAGUCCUGAUGUGGGCGGAGCCAGCAGAGACCCAGGACAGAGCUCCACCCCCUUCUGACGCCUCAUCAGGAUUGGCUGAUCCAGCUGACAGUCCCUCCUCUGAUGGGGACGUUUCCCAUGAUGCCUCGGGGCGGCGGCCUUCUCCUCCUCAGUGCUCCACUAAAGCUCUGCAGACGGACGAGGAGACGCCGAGUCAGCAGGCGUCUCUGCUGACUGAAGUCAGAAACCUGCAGCGAGACAGAUGGCUGUUGGAGCAGCAGCUGCAGGCCUGGCGGCUGACUGUCCAAUCAGAGCAGGGUGUCCUGGAGGACAGGUGCUCGGAGAUGGAGGUCACCAUGGAAACGCUGAGGCAGCACAACACCUGUCUGCAGGGCAUGCUCACACAGGCUCUGGACAAGAUGGAGGCUCAAACACACGCUAACAACACGCCAGAACACGUGGAGAACACGGAAGGGAACAUCACGCCUUCCUCCAACACAGAAGAAGAAGAGGAGGAGCUGAUGAAGGCAGAGGAAGAGUGGACUGAAGACGAACUACAAACUCCAUCUCCCACAAUCCACCAGGGCUCUCCUCUGUCACAUGAUCAGCACUGUGAGGAGGAGUCUGCCGAUGAUGUACGUCUCCAUCAUCCAAUAGGACCACAGGACAGACCAGAGGAGGCGGAGCUACAUAGACAAGACACCUGUCCGUCUGGAGGAGGAGGAGGGGAUUGUGGGAAGUGUAUUCCAGAGGAGCUGCUUCAGGAGAGAGUGGACAGACUAAAGACUCAGAUGGAGACAGACGGGUGGACAGAGAGACAGACAGGUGAGACAGGUGAGAUAAAGGGGGCGGAGCUCCUGCAGGCUGCUGACCAGGUGGGACAGUCUGUCCAGCAGCUGGUGGACGCCGUGAGGACGAAGUGAGCAGCGACUCUGGUUCAGGUUAUAAAACUGUUUAUUGAGCAUUUAAAUAAAGUUAUAAAACAGGCACCUGCACAGACAGGUGGGUUUCCAUAGAAACGUCCAGCUGCCAAUCUCCAUCAUCCUCAUCACCACCAUCAUCACCAUCAUCAUCACGACCAUCAUCACCAUCCUCAUCAUCAUCACCAUCAUCACGACCAUCACCACUAUCACCAUCAUCAUCACCAUCCUCAUCAUCACAUCAUCCUCAUCACCAUCCUCAUCACCAUCACCAUCCUCAUCACCAUCAUCAUCCUCAUCACCAUCAUCAUCAGGUCAACGUUUAAAACACUAAACUGAAUCCUGUGAUUUUAUUCCACUUUCAUGACGAGUGAUAAAAUAGAGACAAUAAAUAACGUCUCUUUGAUGAGACUGAUCUGGAACGAAACGUUGGAGACAUUCAGACUGUUCCACGUCCUUAGAGGAGGGUCCAGAUUUAUCUCCUCUAAUGGAGAACCAGAACUUCAUGACGUUUAGGAGGACCAGAACCAAUCACUGGUUCUCUGGACGUGUUUUUGAUCGACCAGAGGAACCUUCAUCAGCUCGUUGGUCACAACUAUUAGAGAUCAUGGAAGAACCAACCAGGACCAUCUAGACCAGGGGAGUCAAACAUGCAGCCCGUGGGCCAAAAGCGGUCCUCCAGAGGGUCCAAUCCGGCCCUCAAAGUGUAAAAAUUCCAGAGAAGACAUUAACUGCAGAUUGUAAAUUAGUAAAACUAUAAAUUUAAAAUAACUUCUAGACCAUAACAAGUGAUUUUGAUCAUAAAGUAAAAUACUAGAUUGUUCAUUGUUCUUUGUCAAUUUGUCUCAUUUUUGUCAUAUUUUGUCUUGUUUUUGUUGUUUUCUAUUUUUUGUCUGACGUUUGUCCAUUUUUUAAAAUCAUUUUGUAACUUUUUUGUCUGUUUUGUCUUAUCUCAUGCCGUUUGUCUCAUUUUUGUAAUAUUUUGUCGUUUUUUGUUUUCUUGUCUUUUAUUUUGUUAGACUUGUCAUUUGUCUCGUGUUUUUGUCGUUUUAUAUUUUUUGUCUACUUUUUUGUCGUUUUGUGUCUCGCUUGUUUUUUGUCCAUUCUGUGUAUUUUUUUGUCUCAUGGUCGUUUGUCCAGUUUUGUCUCUUUGUAACUUUUUUCAAUUUUUUUGUCGUUUGUCCUUUUUUUGUCACUUUGUAACUUUUUUGUCUCGUUUUGUUUCUCGUUUUUGUCAUUUUGUGUUUCCUUUUUGUCUCACUUGUGUUUUUUUUGCUUAUUUUUGUCAUUUUGUUUUGCUUUAUUCGCUGUUGUCAUUUUUGUCAUUUGUCCAUUUUUUUUGUUGUAUAACUUUUUUGUCUAAUUUUUUGUCCUGUGUCUCAUUUUUGUUAUAUUUUGUCUUUGUCAUUUUGUUUUUCACUUUUGUUGUUUCGUGUCUCAUUUUGUUUUUUUAGUCUUUAUUGUCUGCCUUUUGUCGUUUGUCUCAUGUUUUUGUUUUUUAUCUACUUUUUUGUUGUUUUUUGUUUGUCAUUUUUUGUCGCUUUCUAACUUAUCUAAUUUUUUGUCUCUUUUGUUUCGUGUCUUUUGUCUUAUUUUUGUCAUUUUGUGUUUUAUUAGUUUUGUGUCUCGUUUUUGUCGUUUUGUGGGUUUUUUGUCUCGAUUGUGUCGAUCCUUUUUUUUUUUUGUCAGUCUAUGUCUUGUUUUUGUUUUCUGUCUUUUUUUGUCUUUUUUGUGAUUCUGAUCCUCCAGUAAAUCCUCUCUGGUUCAGUUCCUGAUGACUAAAUGUCGUGUUCCUUUGUCGACACUGUGAUCUGGAAGUUGUAAUAUGGAAAUGAUAAACUGAGGCUGAAUGUUGCUGAA